UGGAUGCAAACCGUGAACACCCUCAGUAAAAUUUUAACAGUUUUAGAAUAAAGACGUCUUAAGUUGUGACUAACCAAAUUAAAAUUGUUCGAAUUUGGAUAUAAAAUCUGUGCUUUAAAUAAGCUCCAUUUUUUUUAAUAGUUAGAAAUUCAAAAAGAACUACUGUUUCUCAUUACUAACGGAACUAUUUAUAUCAUAAUGAUCUCUCAAGAUUUGAUUUCUUCAACGAUGUGAGAGAAAAUUAUAUAACCAUUUAUCAUUUUUACUUUCAUCAAAUCAAUUAAUGGAAUCAAAAUUUCUGAACCUUCGAUUACACUAACCUUGUUAAAAAUUGAUCUUUUGAGGAGAAAUCUAAAUGAAAGAGAGCUUCAGACAAGUAUAUAAUAAACGAUAUAUUUUAACGAACUUACAAAUUAACGUCAUAAGAGCUUUAUUACAUUAAGUUCUGUGAAUACGAACAAUAAAAAAGAUGGUAAAAAGCAACUCAGGUCCAAUAAUCAGGAUGGCGCCUGCCAGCAUGGGCACCCAUGGUGCUGGGGGUAUAGAAUGUUGCUUUUGCAGAUGUUGCACUUGCAUCCACAUUGUAUUUUUGAAAACCUUACCGGGUGUCAUCAAAAUCUUGGAAACGGUGAUAGGUGGAUUUAUUCAGAGUUUAUUAAUCAAUUAUGGACUGAGACAUAGUGCAACUAUUGGCACUGCUUUUGAAGGUGCCUUAACAACAUCAUCUGCCUGUUUUUUCACUUCAUCUGUACUUUUGGCAUGUUAUUUUAUUUCUGAAAAAUCCUAUAGGCUCAUCCGAGCAUCUCUUUUUGAAAUGAUGUUCAAUGCCAUGGCUUGUUUUUUCUACUUAAGUUCUGCUUCUUUCUUAGCAAUUUCUACGAAAAUGUUUCUGAUGGCUCAAUACUAUAUUUUGCCAGGAUUCGAAGUUUAUCCCGCAAUGACAGCCGCAUACAUGUUGAGCGGAGUUGUAGGAGUGCUACAUGGCGCAGACGCAUAUUUUUCGUAUCUUCAUUAUAAGAACACUAGAUGAUUUGGUUAAUUUGAGGAUUAUCUAUUUUUAAAGGAAUCUAGUCUGUGAAUAUAAGUGUUUUAAUACAUGAAGUAAACAACUUUCGUGCCUAAACAUUUCUAUGCAAUUGAAGUCAAAGUUAAUUCCAGAGCAAUGAAAAAUUUAUAAAUAAUAAUAAGAUGAGUCAUUUAGGAAUAUGAAUCUAGUCUAUGGAAAUUAAUAUUUUCAUAUUUAAAGUUAAAAACUUAUUAGUUAGAACAGUUUUAAGCAACUUAAAACUUAUAUUAUUACUAAAUGUAAAAGAAGUAGGGUUUUCCAAUUAAAAUGGCGUUUUUGUUUAAAUAUUGCAUUUCUGAUCAAGUAUUGCAUUGCGUUUGUCAGACUGCCCAAUAUAUCAAGAAUGUCAUGUGUGGCGUAAAAGAGUAUCUUAGACAGGAAUUGAUCCUAAAGUGACACAAAUAGUUUACUUCUGAACUGCUUAAACGGUAAAUCAGUGAAAAAUGUUACUGAUUCUUGACAUAUCGACGGCAAAUAUGAAAAUAUUUUGUUUAAUUUAUUAAUUUUAUUCCAGUGUAUUAUCCAGUGUAUUCAGUGUAUAUCUUUCAAUAUUUUUAACGUCGAAA